GGGGUGGCGGGCCCCCCGGGCAGAGCGUGCCUGCGGGCAGUGCUGGCGGACUCGCGCUGCUUCCUGGUGUGCAUGUGCUUCCUGACCUUCAUCCAGUCCCUCAUGGUCUCCGGCUACCUGAGCAGCGUCAUCACCACCAUCGAGCGGAGAUACAGCCUCAAGAGCUCGGAGUCGGGGCUGCUGGUCAGCUGCUUCGACAUCGGGAGCCUGGUGGUGGUGGUCUUCAUCAGCUACUUCGGGGGUCGCGGGCGGAGGCCGCUCUGGCUGGCCGUAGGGGGGCUGUUCAUCGCCCUGGGCGCUGCGCUCUUCUCCUUACCUCACUUCAUCUCUCCGCCGUACCAGAUCCAGGAGCUGAACUCCUCCGUCACGAACGAGGGCUUGUGCGUGGCUGGCAAUGCCACUGCCAAAGAGCAGUGGGACACAUCGGCCUGCGCCAAGGACACCGGCGGAAAUGACCACUCUCUCUAUGUAGCUUUAUUCAUUUGUGCCCAGAUCCUCAUUGGCAUGGGCUCGACACCCAUCUAUACCUUGGGACCAACCUACUUAGAUGACAAUGUCAAGAAAGAAAACGCCUCGCUUUACCUAGCCAUCAUGUAUGUAAUGGGAGCACUUGGACCUGCAGCUGGAUACUUAUUAGGAGGACUUCUUAUUGGUUUCUAUGUUGAUCCUAGGACAACUGUGUACAUUGACCAGAGUGAUCCCCGAUUCAUUGGAAACUGGUGGAGUGGAUUUCUCCUUUGUGCCAUUGCUAUGCUCCUUGUGAUAUUUCCCAUGUUUACCUUUCCGAAAAAGCUCCCUCCUCGACACAAAAAAAAGAAAAAGAAGAUGAAUUCUGAUGAUGUUUCAAGUGAUGAUGAUGUGAUGAAGGAGAAAACAAGUAGCAAAACAGAAACAGAUAGUUCAGUUUCUGCCUCUAUGGGAUUUGGAGAGAAUGUUAAAGAGCUUCCAAGAGCAGCUGUCAGGAUCUUAAGCAACAUGACAUUCCUUUUUGUGAGUUUGUCAUACACAGCUGAGAGUGCCAUUGUCACAGCUUUUAUUACCUUCAUUCCCAAGUUCAUCGAGUCACAGUUUGGCAUCCCAGCUUCCAAUGCCAGCAUCUACACUGGUGUGAUUAUUGUCCCAAGUGCUGGCGUUGGUAUUGUCCUAGGUGGCUACAUUAUAAAAAAGCUGAAACUUGGUGCAAGAGAGUCUGCAAAGUUGGCUAUGAUCUGCAGUGGUGUAUCUCUGCUAUGCUUUUCAACACUCUUCAUUGUUGGAUGUGAAAGCAUUAAUCUAGGGGGAAUAAAUAUACCUUACACAACUGGUCCCACUCUUGCCAUGGCCCACAGGAAUCUGACUGGAAGCUGCAAUGUUAACUGUGGAUGUAGGAUUCAUGAGUACGAGCCUGUCUGUGGAUCAGACGGAAUAACAUAUUUUAAUCCUUGCCUAGCUGGCUGCAUCAGUGGUGGAAACCACAGCACAGGGGUCAGAAAUUACACAGAAUGUGCCUGUGUGCAGAGUCGCCAGGUGAUCACCCCGCCGACAGUGGGCCAGCGCAGUCAGCUCCGGCUGGUGAUCGUCAAGACCUACCUGAAUGAGAACGGCUACGCUGUGUCUGGGAAGUGUGACCGAACCUGCAACACGCUCAUCCCAUUCCUCAUCUUUCUCUUCAUUGUAACCCUUAUAACAGCAUGUGCCCAGCCAUCAGCAGUCAUUGUGACACUCAGGUCUGUGGAAGAUGGGGAGCGACCCUUUGCACUAGGAAUGCAGUUUGUUUUAUUAAGAACUCUUGCUUACAUUCCCACUCCAAUUUAUUUUGGGGCUGUUAUUGACACCACGUGCAUGCUUUGGCAACAGGAUUGUGGCGUACAAGGAUCUUGUUGGGAAUACGAUGUCACCUCGUUUCGUUUUGUCUACUUUGGGUUGGCAGCUGCUCUCAAGUUCGUGGGAUUCUUUUUUAUUUUCCUGGCCUGGUAUUCCAUAAAGUGCAAAGAAGAACAACUGCAGAGACAGAGUUGGAGGGCUUCGCCGGUGAACACUGUGAGUGAGAUGGUUGGACAAGCUGGACCCCAACAAAACUAUGCACGGACUAGAUCCUGCCCUACCUUCAGUUCCCAAGGAGACAUCAGUGUGGCACAAGGAAUGAACUGCUUAGCACAGACCUACCCCGGCCCUUUUUCAGAAGCAAUAAAUUCCUCAAAUGAAAAUGCAUUGGAAGAAGUUGUUGAGAUAUAGACCCCUGGCUUGGUAAUGUAAUAUUUAGUUUUGUUGGUUGACUUAGUUACGGCGCCUUGUAAAACACCUGUGCCUUCUCUUUUUAAUCUAAAUGUAACACGUGAUAAAACCAACAAAGCUUGAUGCAAACAACCAUAAUAUGUUCCUGAGGGCUGGAUACCUCAAACCACCCGAGUUCUUAUUUCUCCCCUCCUGACGACGGAGUUUUAAAAAUUGUGUUUGUAAUUAUUUCAGAUGUGUCCAUUAAAUGUCCAUGCUCUGAUCUAAUACCAUUGUAAAGCUGAGGUGUUACGAACAGCAGAAGUCAGUGGAAGAGUGACAAAAACUCAUAUUGUUGAUGUCUAGACUCACAAAAAUGCUUAAAUGUAUUGUCAACUUCAUAUCCGCAAAUUGUAUUUUUAAGAGAUGAGUAAUUACUGUGAGUUCUGCUACAAAGCACAACUGAACCUAUUUAAACUAUGCAACUUACUUGGAUAAUUGUAUGUGCAGCAAAUUAAGUUUAAAGCUUGCUUUUAAAGACAUUACUGCAACUGAAUUUGAAAGGGGCUAUUUUCAGGAGUAAUCAUUAAAUUAAAAAAUAACAUAAGGUUUAAAGUACUGUUAAUAACGUGUCAAGCCAUACAAGAUUUAUUCAUCAGGUAACGUUUGCAAAUGUUGAGUUGUAACAUCUUUAUCCUGUCAAAAUGUGCAUUAAUUUUCACUUGAUGGGAUGUAGUCAUUCUUCACAAAGUAUAUAGAAUACUGUAAUACUUGAAGUAAAAAACUUCAGUAUUGGUUUAUAGUAACAUUAGGAUGUAGAAAUUAUACAGACAUACCAGAGCAGAUACGUGCACAUUUCUGCAAUGUUAUUUGGGUGGCUGUUAACUAGCACCAAGUCCAUACUUUCCUGAAGAAGAAAACAGCUGGUUAUAGCUUGACAGGAAGUUUGGCUGUCCUUCAGAACUGCAUGCCAGUCUAGUUCAGCUUCAGUGGGAAGUCCUGAGGGAGAGCUGAUGGCCUUGUCUGGUGCUGGGACCUGGCGGGUCCCUGGCAGCCAGCAGCAGCAGAGUUCAGGCUGCAGGAGGGAGCAGAGCCUGCCCACCCUGGUGCCAGCUGGGAGGCUCUCCCUGCACUCCUGGCACCCAGGACAGCUGGGAGGGGAGGGCUGGUGACACCCAGCACUGGGCAGCCUGGUGGGACAGGCAUGGAGCUCCUGGCUGUGUGGUUUGUCCCACACAUCUGCCUUUACUCUCCUCAGUUUCACUGGAAGCUCCUGUGAAGGCAAAGGGUGAGUUUGUCUCUCCUUUGGCCCUCCGGGUGAAGGGCUAAGAAUAGAAAUAGGAAUUAUUGGUGAGUGUGGACUCACAGGACAUGAUGUGGCCUUUGUUUAUUCCAAAUUACUGUAGUGUGUUCUCUCCCUGGGAGAUGCUGAGACUUUCCAAUCAAACGUGCUUGGCUUUUCAUUUCUUGCUCUGGAGGCUUUUUAGUGCCAAGCUCAUGAGGUACUAGUGAUGUCUCAAAGGGCAGAAAAUUAUGUCAGUUGGACACUGGCAAGUCAAGGCUGUAUUGGGCCCUGCAGGGGAAGUCUUAGAAGUGUAAGAAAUUAAAAAGCAGUCUUUUAAGAGGACUCAGUGAUAGUCUGGUUUGGAUUUUGCAGAGUAGAGAACUUGUGUGCAAAGGAAAGAGCAGAGCUUCUACAUAUUUUUGCACAGAGUUAUUACUGAUUUGAUUUUUCACUUUAGAACAUGUAUAUUGAUCAAACACUAUAUGGAACCAAGUCCUUGAAAAUAAAGGCAGUACUCUCCUUGGCAUCCAUUGAGUUGUCCUGGGAAGAGUAGAUUUCCCUCUCUGCCUUUGCCAAAUGCCUUUUGUCAUCACCUGGGUCCUCUUGACCAGCACAUGGGACUACCCAUGGGGCUGCUUAUUUCAGAAUGUCUCAGUCCAUUUAUGUAGUUUAUAACAGUUCUUACUCUUCCUGUCUGAAAACUCUGAUUCUUCCACCCCAAACAUAGAGGAAUAUUGUUUUGAUCUCUUCCUGCUAUUCUGUCCAUAUUAACAGCUUUUUUUGGGUUAAGUGUGAGAAUGUCUUUUCCUCUUUUGCAGCCACCAGAUACAAUGUGUCCUCAGUCAUCACAAACUUUCUGUGAUAACUGGGUCCUACACUUCUUGUCCUGAGAAAUAGGUUUCCUUGGCUCAAAGGUGUUUGAUAUAUAUGCUGUAGGAGAUCAGAAUAGAUGAUAAAAAUGUUUCCUUUUCUUCAGUCUCAAGUGCUUGUUGCACCAAGAAUUUUCUACCAUGGCAAAAAAUGGCAAAGUAAUAGGACAAAGUGUAAUUGCAGGCCAGCACUCAUCCAUUUUUAUCACUUCCCCAUUUUAAUCAUCACAGGGAGAAGUGAAGAGUGACAAUCUUUUCAAAUACCUCAGAAACAGAGCAUUUAGGGAACUGUAAAAGACUGAAGAUUAAUCAUCUAUCCUGAUCUCUUAUAUUUAAUGCCUUGUGUGCUUCUAUUUCAUACAAAAACCAAGGGAUAGCAGAUUAGGACUGUCAGGAACUAAUGGCACUGAACCAAAGAAUGGGAGUGAUAAAAAGUGACACUUCUGCAGCUGCUGGUGUUUCUGAACUUUCAGGGGAUUUCAGAGCUUGUUGCAGUGAAGACUGUCUACUUUUUAGGUUAUCCUGACCCUUUGACUUACAACAAGAUUCAGAUUUCCUAAAUGGUUGAAAA